GGCGAGGAUGCGGGGGACAAUUGAUGGGGAGGUUAGGGUUGAUGGGUUGGUUGGGGUUCUAGGGACGGUUGAGAGGGAGGUUGAGCAGGAUGGCAGUUCUGAGAGGAGUAUGAGGAGGAGGACUAGAGGGCGAGGCGGGGAGGAAGACGAUGAUGAGGAUGAUGAGGAUUACGAGGAGGCGGAGAGAGAGGACGAAAGUGUGCCGCCGUCGAGGAGGUUGGAUGAGUUACUUGGGGAGAAUUAUGUGGAGUGGGAUAAGCGUUCUUUGACGCAGAAGUACUCGUCCAACAAUGCUUACAUUGGGUUCUAUCGGAUUAUUCACGAAGCGAAACACCCCGGCGAAGAUAUUCCUCCCCUACCGCAUGCAUCAACGUGGUUCUCACAUCUGGAAGAUCCAACUAAGGCUUCGGCGCAAACGCCCGAUUCCUCGGUCCGGCGCACGCGUCGUCGGAGAUCUCCAUCUCCGGCGGACUCGGAUGAGAUCGCCAUCGAGAGCGAGCGCAUAUCGCUCAAGUGCCCCCUUACUUUACUUUACUUCCAGGACCCUGUGACAAGUACCAAAUGUCCGCAUAGCUUUGAACGCGAGGCGAUUGAAGAUAUGAUUGCGCAUAGUUCGACGACUGUUCCCGCGCCCCAGCCGGCGGGAGCCGCCGGCCGCAGCGCACGUCGUGUUCGCUCCGUUAAGUGUCCGGUGUGCUCGGUUGUCUUGACUGCGGCUGAUCUCCGGUCGGAUCCUGUUUUGGUUAGGAGGGUGCGCCGAUAUGAAGCAGCGUUGAGACGGGAAGCGGAAGAUGAUGAGUUAUCCGACGGGGCGCGGAGGAGACGGUCUGGGGCGAGGAAAAGUGGGAUCACUCUCGUUGACGAUGACGGGGCCGAGGACGAAAAUGGGAUGGAUGUGGAUCCGGAAGAGAAUUCGGAUUCAGAUCGUAGGCAGGACGAGGAAAGUUUCGGCAGCCAAGAUCAUGUACGAAUCAAACAGGAGAUGAGUACAGCUCCUGUCGAUGAUGAUUAGUUGAUGAUCAUUUCGAAUAAUACCUCUGUAAAUUCAAUAGAUACCGG